AUGUUUCUAACCAAGUCAGAGGAUGAGCGUGGGGAAGUCCUGGAGAAAAUGUCUUGUACAAUUGAGAUCCGAGCAGCGUUUAUUCUCUCCUCCCUUGUGACUUUCUUCAGUGGACUCCUCAUCUUAUUAAUAUCCAGGCUAAUCUGGAGGAGCUUUAAAAAAUGGCAAGGGAGCAAUGGAAAAGGAAAUUUCUUGGAAGUAAUGUCACGUAGCAUGGCCCGUAAAAACUCAAGAAGUCUCACCUUCCAGGGAGUCUUCCGUGAUCGUGUAGAAAUGCUGCUCUCGGCACAGACCUUUGUGGGACGGGUGUUGGUGAUCCUUGUCUUUGUCCUAAGCAUCGGGUCUCUUAUAAUCUAUUUCAUCAAUUCUACUGACCCUGUUAGAAGCUGUUCUUCAUACCAUGACAAAACCAUCCUGAUUGAUUUGACUUUCAAUGCUUUCUUUAGUUUCUACUUUGGGUUGAGAUUUCUGGCAGCGGAUGACAAGGUCAGGUUCUGGCUGGAGAUGAAUUCGAUUGUAGACAUCUUUACCAUCCCACCAACCUUUAUUUCUUAUUAUUUGAAGAGUAAUUGGCUAGGUUUAAGGUUCUUAAGAACGUUGAGGCUGCUGGAACUCCCUCAAAUCUUGCAAAUUCUGCGAGCCAUCAGGACCAGCAAUUCAGUGAAGUUUUCCAAGCUGUUAUCCAUCGUUCUGAGUACCUGGCUCACUGCUGCAGGAUUCAUUCACCUGGUGGAAAAUUCUGGUGAUCCCUGGCUCAAAGGUAGAAAUUCACAGAAUAUUUCAUAUUUUGAGUCCGUUUACCUGGUCAUGGCCACGAUGUCGACUGUCGGCUUUGGAGAUGUGGUAGCCAAGACAUCCCUAGGACGGACCUUCAUCAUGUUCUUCACCCUGGGGAGUUUGGUACUGUUUGCGAACUACAUCCCUGAAAUGGUGGAACUUUUUGCUAACAAGAGGAAAUACACCAGUUCCUAUGAAGUAGUCAAAGGGAAGAAGUUCAUCGUGGUCUGCGGAAACAUCACCGUGGACAGCGUGACGGCGUUCCUGAGGAAUUUCCUGCGCCAUAGGGCAGGGGAGAUCAAUACCGAGAUUGUUUUCCUGGGAGAGGUUCCUCCUUCUUUGGAAUUGGAAACCAUAUUUAAGUGCUACAUGGCCUAUACAACUUUCAUCUCUGGAUCUGCACUGAAGUGGGAGGACCUGAGGCGAGUUGCGGUGGACUCUGCAGAAGCAUGCCUGAUCAUAGCCAACCCUCUGUGCAGUGAUUCACAUGCUGAAGACACUUCAAACAUUAUGAGGGUGCUCUCUAUCAAGAACUAUUACCCUAAUACCAGAGUCAUCAUACAGAUACUUCAGUCCCAUAACAAGGUUUUUCUGCCAAAGAUCCCCAGCUGGAACUGGAAUACUGGAGACAACAUCAUCUGCUUUGCUGAAUUAAAGCUUGGAUUUAUCGCCCAAGGCUGUUUGGUGCCAGGCUUGUGUACCUUCCUAACAUCUCUAUUUGUUGAGCAAAACAAGAAGAUCCGUCCUAAAGAGCCCUGGCAGAAAUACUUCUUUAACGGCCUGAAGAACAAAAUCCUGACUCAACGCCUCUCUGAUGACUUUGCUGGGAUGAGCUUUCCUGAUGUUUGCCAGCUCUGCUUCUUGAAGAUGCACCUCCUGCUGAUAGCCAUCGAACACAAAUCCGUGUGUCACAGUUACUGUGGGCUGAUACUAAAUCCGCCUGCUCAAGUGACGCUCCGUAAGAACACACUAGGGUUCUUUAUUGCUGAAUCUGCAAAGGAUGUCAAAAGAGCCUUCUUUUACUGUGCCACCUGUCACAACGAUGUGUACGUUCCUGAGCUCAUUGGAAAAUGUAGCUGCAAAAACAAGAAUCCUCGACACACAACAGGGACUACAGUCAUGGUGACGAGAAACAACCCGAAGGAAUGCCAUGGUCCAAAAACACAGGACUCCUACCCAGUGAAACACAGGAGCAUGGCGAACGACUUGAGCUUUACCACCAGGGCUUUUCUCUAUGAAAUGGAACAACAGUCUGACCGCCUUGAUAGCAGUGGCAUGUUUCACUGGUGUACAGCCACCCCUUUGGACAAAAUGAUUCUGAAACGAACGGACAAGUCAAAACAUGAGUUUCGGAACCACAUUGUAGCGUGUGUCUUUGGAGAUGCCCACUCAACACUGAUGGGGCUUCGGAAUUUUGUGAUGCCUAUGAGAGCUAGCAGCUAUACCCGCCAGGAGCUGAAGGACAUUGUGUUCAUUGGGUCUCUGGAUUACCUGCAGAGAGAAUGGCGAUUUCUCCGGAAUUUUCCCCAGAUAUACAUUCUGCCUGGCUCUGCGCUCUACUCCGCGGACCUCCAUGCAGUGAACAUAGAGGAAUGUGACAUGUGUGCUGUCUUAUCCUCCCCGUCGAAGUCGUCGAGCAGCCCGACCUUGGUGGACAUGGAGCCCAUCAUGGCCACACUCAACAUUGGAUCGCUGUGGAUUAGCUGCUCUGCCCAGAUGCCUGCAGGGCCACAGUGUGCUUGGUGCUGCAGUGACUAUCCCGGGAAGGCAAAGUACCGAAGGAUCCCCAUCCUCACUGAUCUGAAAAAUCCUUCCAACAUCCACUUUAUUGAACAGCUCGGUGGGAUGGAAGGAAACUUCUCAGGAACGAGCCUGCAUCUCAGCACUUCCUUUGCUACAGGCACUGUCUUCUCCGGCAGCUUCUUGGAUUCCCUCCUGGCCACGGCUUUCUACAAUUACCAUGUUCUGGAAUUACUUCAGAUGCUGGUGACAGGAGGGAUCAGUUCUCAGCUGGAACAACAUUUGGAUAAAGAAAAGUUCUGUGGGCCGAAUGACAACUACUCUGCAAUUUCACCUGGAAGGACGCAGUCGCGGUGUAAGCUGGGGCUUCUGUCCUUAAACCAGAUCAUUUUGUCAGACAUUCAACCAAGAAUGACCUUUGGGCAAAUGUUCUGUGACUCGUUACGUACUCGUGGAGUCUUGUGCCUGGGCCUAUACCGCAUGAUAGAUGAAGAAGAGCGCAACCCGGAGCACAGAAGGGGAGUAUGCCAGUGUGGAAGGUGCUGUCCACCUGCCCAAGCAUGA